CUCAUUCCCCCCUCACUCACUCCCUGCCCCAGCUGCUGCCCUCGGCUCCCGCACUGUCACAGCGCACGCUCCCCGGCCUAUCCGCCCGCCGCUUGCCGCCGACCGCCUCCGGUCCCCAGUCCCCUUUCCCCGCGGUGGAUUUGCAGCAGCAGCCAGCGGUAGAUCUAUCCACAUCGGCCCCGUCCCUGUCCUCUUUCUCACCCUCCCGUGCCCAGCCACUCCCGCCCCAUCUUUCUUCCUCCCCAGCGAAAUCCUUAGCGGCCAAGGCUUCCGCUCCGAGCUCCAGCAGCAGUUUUAAACGCGCCCCGGAGAAAGCGGGGGACGAGUCGCACUGCUCGCUGGUUGUGGCUUUCGGUGGCGAGCGGCUCCAUAAAGCGGCAAAAGGCUCCAGGGGCCGGCCGGCCGUGGGUUCGGCGAGAAUCUGCAGAUUAAAGGCCGCAUCUGUGGUGGAAAUUUUGUUUUCAGGUCAGGUGAUGCCCGCGGCGGAGGAUUGAUUUGUCCAUGGACGCGCGUGCGGCGAUGAGACGCUCGGUGCGCGUGGCGCCGCCGCCCCUGGCUGCUCGCGCCGCCGUUCUGCUGCUGCUGCUGCUUUCGGCGCUGCCGCUCUCGCUGACCUACACUUACGAGCAAGACGUGUUCGCGAUAAAUGGCCUGUACACGGCGCUGGGAUCCCCGUCUUUGCCUGGAUGGGUUACGAAUGGCGGCGACCCCUGCGUCGAAAACUGGCAGGGCGUUGGAUGCGCGGCAUCCAAUAUCACCUCCAUAACUCUCAAUGGUAUAAAUUUGGGUGGACAGCUGGGUAACACACUGGCGAAUUUCACGUCGAUAAUCACCUUAGAACUUAGCAACAACAUUAUUGGUGGAACCAUACCUGAUAAUCUACCGGUCACAAUUCAGCGCUUUUUCCUCUCAGGAAACCAGCUAAGUGGGAGCCUUCCAAGUACAUUGUCGACGCUUACACUUUUGACAGACAUGUCCCUCAGCAGCAAUCAUUUGUCUGGAGAGAUACCAGAUGUAUUUUCAGCACUCACCGGACUUAUAAAUUUAGAUUUUUCUUCCAACAACUUGACUGGCCCAUUACCGCCUUCGAUGGGAAACUUAAAAGCAUUGACUACCCUGCAUAUUCAAGACAAUCAAAUAUCCGGGACCCUGGAUGUCCUUCAAGAUCUCCCUCUGAAAGAUUUGAAUAUACAGAAUAAUCUUUUCUCUGGUCCUGUGCCUCCGAAGUUAUUCAAUGUCCCAAACUUUCAGAGGGAUGGCAACCCAUUUAAUACUAGCAUAGCUCCAUCUCCACUGCCUGCUGCACCAGCACCAUCUCCAUCACUAUCACCUUCAACAGGGCAUGUCCCCUCAAAAGAACCUACAAAGUCGCCUGAUGUGACAAAUGGAAAUCCUCCAGCAUCAGGAAAACAUACUAUUUGGACAGUCAAAUUCGUCGGAUACAUUCUUGUAGGGGUGGUAUCAGCAGUGGUUAUUGUGUUAAUGGUAAUGUUUUGUGUAUCCAAGCACAAAGAAAGGAAGUCAAAGAAGGUAUUUAGGAAGUCAAAGAAAGAUGUGUAUCCGAAAAGCAAGAUAGGAAGGGAACCUCAGAGGCUUGGAGAGCCUAAAAUCAAGGAAGUGCCGGAAAUAAAGGAACAUUUGGUAAAACCUACGAAUACUGUAGGGAAAGCAGCUUCAAAUGUGGUUUCUAAUUCAAGUGAGGAGCUGAAAGUCAAUGCAUCAAUGAAAGCUCCUAAUGUUGCUUAUAACACAAAGGAAAGGGAGGCUACAUUAUAUUCACCGAUGAGAGCAGCUAUUCCUGGGGUGAUCACGAAGAAACAAAAGGAACAUGUUAUUGAUAUGGAAAAAUCUGAUGAUUUUGUGGAAGAACCACUGCGUCUUCCGCAGUCUGUUGCGCCGCGUACUGAAAAAGGCACUGUCAGUCCCAGUGUUCGUACUAAAAAGGGGAGAGUACCUUCACUUGGGAAGAUAGAUCUUAGAACUACUGUCAAGUCCUUCUCUGUUGCAUCCCUUCAACAAUAUACCAACAGUUUCAGUGAAGAAAAUUUGAUAAGAGAUAGCAGGUUUGGUAAAGUAUAUCUGGCAGAACUUCCUGAUGGAGAGAUUUUAGAAGUUUUGAAGAUUGACAUUGAUAACUCAAGAGUACCAGUUGAUGUCUUUCUAGAACUAGUUGUGAACAUUUCAGAACUAAGUCAUCCUAAUAUACUUGCGCUUGUGGGAUACUGUGCGGAGUUUGAGCAGUGGCUACUUGUCUACGAGCAUUGUAGUAAGAUGACUCUACAUGAUGAACUCCAUUAUGUUGAUGAACCCAGCAACGCAUUGUCAUGGAAUGCCCGUCUCCAAGUUGCUGUGGAAGCAGCAAAGGCAUUACAAUAUCUUCAUGAUGGCCGUCAACCACCGCUUGUACAUCAAAAUUUUGAACCAUCUGUUGUUCUCCUUAAUAGCACUUUGGCAGUCCAAAUUUCCGAGUGUGGACUUGCAUCGUUGUCUCAGUUAUCUGGCAGUUUGCAUGCCUUAUUCCAUUAUGAAGCCCCAGAAGUGCAUGAAUCCAGAUCAUUCAGUGAUCGAAGCGACGUUUACAGCUUUGGUGUCGUUAUGUUGGAACUUCUAACAGGACGUGAACCUUAUGACAGUUCCCGUCCACGUGCUGAGCAACAUCUGGUGCGAUGGGCCUCUACUCAGCUUUAUGAUAUUGAUGCCAUAACAAAGAUGGUAGAUCCUUUGAUUAGAGGACAAUGUUCUGAAAAGGCUUUGUCGCGUUUUGCUGAUGUCAUUGGCAGCUGUAUUCAGCCUGAGCCAGAAUUCAGGCCACCAAUGUCUGAAGUUGUCCAAGCCCUAACUCGUAUGGUCAGCGACGCGACGAAGGCUUCUAUGUAAGUGGCUUCCUGAGACGAGGAAGAAUGCCGAAGCCUGUCACAGAAAAUUCGAGUAGGCGCCUGGUGAGGGCCCCUGAUGAGCGUGCCGUUAGGAGAGCUUCUGGCCAGAUUCAUGGCUCGAGUGAUACUUGCGUACUUGCAAAAAUGUCUUUGAUCGGCGAUGAUGCAGUAGUAGGAUGGUUCAAUUCAACCGCUGAAUUUAUCGGCUGGUGAUGUGCAGAGGUCUGCAUUUCAUUUUCCUGUAGAAGCUGUUUGUCCUUGAUAGGACCUAAGACUAGCCAACAAUGUGUCUCUGUGGUCGAUUCAUGCUUGUGAAACUUGUACCUAUCUGAUUGCCAGUUUGCCAUGUUAUUUAGUCUGUAGUUUCAAGAACA